AUGAUAAGACGAGGAAGGACUGAAGGAUGGCUUAGAGAGCCUAUCGAAGGCCUGCCUACAUGGGCCAAUUUUCAUGGCGUCAAGUUCAAUGGCAUCAAAGUUGGCCCAUUGCCAGGCUUCGAAGAGCGCGGCUCUACAGUAAUAGCUUCACGUGUACUUGUGGGCGAGGAAGAAGAGCCCCUCAUGACGAUCCCAAAGGAACUGAUCCUCUCGAAGCAAAAUAUUGAGCUGAUGGCCAAAUCUGAUCAGCAUCUCCGGGAGCUUCUUCAGGCUCUUGAUGACUUCGGACGUACUACUCGAGGCGCAGUCCUAACGUUUCUCCUUAUGCAGGCGACCAUCUGUUGCCCAGACGUCAAGGAUAUCGGCGUCCACACGCCGCUCACAGAAUACAUCAAAUAUCUCCCAGAUGAACUCCUUCCCACUUUUUGGAGCGAAGAAGAACACGAGCUUCUCGGAGGGACUACGCUUCGCUCUGCUGUCCGAGCUAAGAUGAAUAGCUUGCUGCGCGAGUUUGAGACAUUUCGUAUUGCCACGGAGAGCAUAAGUUGGUGUGCUAAACAUUGGUGGGACGAAGAGGUCGGUUUGCUUACGUUCGACGAUUGGCUACGUGUCGAUGCCAUGUACCGAUCCAGAGCGCUCGAAUUUCCCGGUGUAGGAGAUGCUAUGGUGCCUUGCAUUGACAUGGCCAAUCAUGCUUCCGGUGACGCUACGGCCGCCUUGUAUGAGACUGACGAUGAUGGCAACGCCAUUCUGAUCUUGCGACACGGUAAAGACAUCCCAAAAGGCGGCGAGAUAACCAUCACGUAUGGUGACGACAAAGGCGCUUGCGAGAACAUUUUCUCCUAUGGUUUCCUUGAAGAUUCGAUGACUUCUGCGAAGAUCAUGUUUCUUAAUCUUGACAUACCAGAUGACGAUCCGCUCCGACCUGCCAAGAUUUACGUCUGCAAUACAGCGCCUGGCUUCCGCCUCGUAGACCAAAAAGAUAGGAUAGAAUGGGAGAGUGACUUUGUCUGGCUAGUGGUCGUCAACGAGGAAGACGAUCGUCUCUUCUCGACACAGAGACUAUACAGCAAUACCUUGGACUUGUCGAAAACGGCGAUGAACAGGAAGAAGUAG